AUGGCAGAUUACAAAUGGGAAGUUGGAGUGUACUUUAGGUCAAAGGAUGACUUCAAGGAAGCUAUAACAUCAUAUGUUGUGCAAAGUGGGAGAAAUAUGUGGUUUACAAAGAAUGACAAAGUGAGGGUGAAGGUUAAAUGCAAGGAUGGGUGUCAAUGGGAAGCCUAUUGUGCUAAAUUGCCAAAUGAAGAAACAUGGCAAUUAAGGAAAUUGGUUGACAAGCAUGAGUGCAGUAGAGAGUAUAAUGUGAAAAUGUUGACCACUAAAUGGCUGAGCAAGAGAAUUCAAAACUCUCUGAAAAAUAACCCAAGGAUGAAGAUUAAGGACUUAAAGGCAAAGGCUCAAAGGAAGUGGAAUGUGGGUGUUAACAAGACUAAGGCUAUAAGGGCAAGAUUUAAAGCUAGAGACAUGGUUGAUAGAUCUUUCUUAGGGGAUUAUACAAGGAUUUAUGAUUAUUGUCAUGAGUUGUUAAGAGCUAACCCAGGGUCUACUAUCAAGAUUAAUGUUGAUCCAGUCCCAGAUGGUGGUCAAGAAGAGUGUUUGACAUACACAUUCAUCUCAGACCAACACAAGGUUAUGGGUCUACUACCAGCAAUGGAUGAACUUUUGCCAAGGGUUAAACAAAGAUUCUGUGUGAGGCACCUUUAUAAUAACUUUAGGAAGAAGUAUCCUGGUAAAAUGUUGAAAGAUGCUAUUUGGAAAGCUGCAAGGUCAACAUAUGUACAAGCUUGGGAGAGAGAAAUGAGGUCUAUGAGACUUAUUAGUGAUGAGGCAUAUUUACAUAUGAUGAAGACAUCUCCAAGAUUUUGGAGUAAAUCACACUUUAUGGUAACUAACAAAUGUGAUACUCUACUCAAUAACAUGUUUGAGGCAUUCAAUAGUGUGAUCCUUGAGUCAAGGAUGUCUGAUGAACAUAUUUUUGAAGUUAAGCAUGUGCAAGAUCCAGCUGACAUGUUCACUGUGAACUUGAAGGACCACAUAUGUUCAUGUAGGAGGUGGGAGUUGUCUAGUUUGCCAUGUGUUCAUGCAUUGUCAUGUAUGAAGAGUAGGAACUUUAGAUUUGAAGAUUUCAUUCCAGAGUACUAUAUGAAGAGUAGGUACAUUGCAGUCUACAAACUAGUUAUAUAUCCUGUGAAUGGUUCAAACUUAUGGGCAAGGACACAAUACCCAGAUGUGCAUCCUCCAAAGUUUAGAAAGAUGCCUGGUAGACCAAAGAAGAAGAGGAAUCUUGAACAAGGAGAGCUUGAUGGGACUGACAGAAAAAAUAGGAGGACAGGUCUGAUUGUGAAAUGCAGUAGAUGCAAGAAGUCAGGGCACAACAAAGCUACAUCUACUCAACAAGUUACUGCACAGCCAGCUACUCAACAAAGUCAACCAGCUUCUCAGACAUCCAGAACAAGACAAAGUCCUGCAAAUAAGGCAACAACAAGCAAGGCAAAAAAGCUGGGUGUGAGAAGGCCACAGACUCAUUGGGUACCACCAGGACCAACCACAAGAUUAGGUGCAUCAAAAAUUGGGCCAACAACUAGGAGGACAACACCAACAAAGAGAGCCGCAUCCAAGAAGAAUGUCUAG